GCUCUUAUGGCUGACUAGCUAAUCAGAUGGAAAAAAAACAUAUUAAAACGUUCCCGAGUGUGAAUAUUACUACAUUACAUUUGCUGUAAAGCCUUUAUAAGGAUUUUAUGAUUGCAACAUCUCUCUUUCUGUACGCACUGCUCUUGAAGCUGAGCGUGAUGAGUCGUUUCCUCUGAUCUCAUGAGGCUUUAGCAUGCUAGCAUGCCCUCUGAUUUUAUAUCUCUACUGAGCGCAGAUAUCGACCCCAGUUCUCCCAAAUCGCUCUAUUCCAAAGAGUCAGUGUAUGACCUGCUCCCUAAAGAGCUGCAGUUGCCCUCGAUCGUACAGCAGGACAACCCCAGCAUGAGCCAGAAGAGCGGCGGAGAGGCCGGACCUCCUCCUCCGGCUGCCCUGGCCUCAGAUGCUGCUGCCACUUGCGGCGCUGCCUCCUCCCCUGGAGGACUCAGCAGUACACUUCCUUCCUGUCCCAGCAUGCUCUCUGCUACCUCAGCCCCAGAGCAGGCUUCCAGGCUCCACAGCGUUCCCGCCGCGGAGGGGAUGCCAGAGAGGAUGGGUGUGGAGCCUGGAUCAGUGGUGUCUAUCAGUGCGGUAGAUGCUGUCGGAGCCACACAGAGCCAGGCGACUCCCUCGAAGCGGCGGACCGUCCUGAGCAUCUCGCCCCCUCCGGAGGACCUGCUGGAUGACAGUCGCAUGUCCUGCCAGGAUGAUGUGCUUCCCAACCCGGACUCGGAGCAGAGCAGCAGUAUGUGGAUGGACGACUCUGUGUCCAACUUUAGCGUGGGCAGCAGCAGUUCAUACAACGACAAUACUGAAGUGCCCAGAAAGUCUCGGAAGAGAACUCCUCGUCAGCGGCCGGGGCCAAAGCCUGCGGCCCGGGAUGAAGCCGGCAUGGAUGUGUUUGAUGCAGACAGCGCUAAAGCGCCACACUUUGUUCUUUCACAACUGGGUUCAGACACCAAAGUCACACCCAAAGUGAGCUCCCUGGAAGUGUCAAACAAUCAGAAAGGGGGCAUUCUUUCCAUUCAAUACCCACAGAAGAGUGAAGGGAAGGAGCUGAAGAUUUUGAUUCAGCCGGAGACGCAGCACAGAGCACGAUACCUGACGGAGGGAAGUAGGGGAUCUGUCAAAGACCGUACCCAGCUAGGAUUUCCUACAAUCAAAUUAGAGGGAGUCACUGAACCAGUGGUGCUCCAGGUGUUUGUGGCUAAUGACGCUGGACGUGUGAAGCCCCAUGGAUUUUAUCAAGCCUGCAGAGUGACGGGGCGCAACACAACGGCCUGUAAGGAAGUGGAUAUCGAAGGGACCACAGUUAUUGAAGUGAACCUUGAGCCGACCAACUCUAUGACCCUAGCCGUGGACUGUGUUGGAAUCUUGAAGCUGAGGAAUGCCGAUGUUGAAGCUCGUAUAGGGGUUGCUGGCUCCAAAAAGAAGAGCACUCGAGCUCGGUUGGCCUUUAGAGUCAACAUCCCUAGAGCUGAUGGAUCUGUCCUAACCCUCCAGGCCCUCUCCUCUCCUAUCUUAUGUACUCAGCCAGCUGGAGUGCCUGAAAUCCUUAAAAAAAGUCUUCACAGUUGCUCUGUCGCAGGAGGAGAGGAAGUCUUUAUCAUCGGCAAGAACUUUCUAAAAGGAACAAAAGUUAUUUUUCAGGAAAAUUCUACAGGUAUUAGUGGCUGGCAGGCUGAAGCAGAAAUUGACAUGGAACUUUUUCAUCAGAAUCAUCUAGUGGUGAAGGUUCCCCCAUAUCAUGACCAGACUUUGACCUCCCCCGUGUCCAUUGGGAUUGCUGUAGUGACAAAUGCAGGGAGAACACAUGAUCUACAGCCUUUUACCUACACUCCUCUAACAGAGAAAGUUGAACUAUCAGUGAAAUCAGAACUGCCAGCCACGGUCAAGGGCUUGCACUUUUUUUGAAGAGUUACAGCGAUGCAAACCGAGACAAAUUGUCUAAACAAUGUCUUAAUGUUACCUAUGGUCAAACGAGAAGAACCCAUGGAAGUUUCCUGCAAUGCAGCACCUUCAGACAUUUUUAAGCCUGUAGAGGCCCUUAGUUCAACCCAACAAAUCUUGGAGAUAAGCACUGUCCUUCCCUCUGCCACCAAGUCUUUUCCAAGCCCUGUGGCUCUCCAAAUCGUCGACUCCCAAACGCCAUCAGCUCAAAUAUUUACGACUCAAGAAACCUUAUCCACCAUUCAGAAGCAGGACAUUCCUUCACCUACAUCGUUCCAAGUGUCCUUGUCAGAAGACACAACAGUUCUCCAGCCUGUUCCCCCUCAGGUCCCUCAGCAGUUCUUGCGUGAAACCCCAGAAACUUUGUCUCCAGAAGACAACAGUGUAGAUGGAAGUGGAAUUGUGUUGGUGGGAAUAGACUCUCGGAAUCCUCCAUCCCAGCGGCCACAGGUUCAGGCGCUUUUGCCCCAGGAUGGUGUUACACAGCUAGAGAGAGCAGUAAGAGAGCUGCAAGCACAACAGCAGCUAAAUUCUGUACUUUAUAGCCCGACGCCGUCUGCAGAGAGCCUUCAGCAACACGUCCAGGAAAACAUGAACAGUUUAAGGUUGGGUGGAAAUGAGACAACUCUAAUAAACCAGCAACAGCAGCAGCAAGAGCAGAAUAUAUUGGAAAAUCUUCAGCAACAGCAACAGAAAGCACUUGUGGAUCUACAACAUCAACAGACAGUCCUUGAAAAUUUGCAGCAGCAUCAGAAGGUCUUGGAAAACCUCCAGCAACAGGCUCUUGGCAACAUUCAGCAGCAGCAAACACACAAAGUUUUGGAGAAUCUACAGCAUCAACAGCAGCACCAUCAGAAUGUCCUGGAAAACAUUCAGCAACAAAGUUCUAUAGUGACUCUGCAGCAUCAAAAAGUUCUCGAUAAUCUUCAGCAACAGCAACAGCAUCAGAAAAAUUUAGAAACUCUUCAGCAUCAGGAAGUAUUAGAGAACCUAAAGCAACAAUUGCAGUCAGAGCUCUUGCAGACACAGAUUCCAAUGCAGUGCACGCCUAGCUUCGCUAGUGAACAGCAAGGCUCCACACAGACUAAUACUCUAUCGCAGCCCUCUGAAGGCUUCCUCCAGAACACAACCCAGCAGCAGUUGCAGCAGCAGACUGCUCUUUUCCAACAGACAGGAGGUCUUUUGACCAUUCAGACAUCAAGCUUUCUGCAGCAGCCAUCCUCUCAACCCUCACCUCCACUUUUUCAGAGUCAUAACCCCAUGACUGAAACACAAGACUCGCAGACAGUACUCUUUGGAACCACAAAGUCACCACAAGUCCCAGCAACGUUAUUUCCUGGUACCAUGACAAUGCUAACAAGCACCAAUCUACCUACAGAUCAGCAGGCUCCUCCAACUAGCCUGUUUAUUGCGCAGAGUGUGUUGCCCAGCCAGCUAUCAUCGGAUAAUAACCAGAACCAGCAGCAGCAACAGAUAACUUUCCUCACACCCAUGCAGACAUCUGGAACAGAAGGUCAGACUGUCUCACUUUUUCAGGGACAAGCACAGUUGUCCACUCCAAUGGAACAACAACAGUCUCCCCAACAACAACAACAGAUGGCAACAGCCCAACAGGCCCCUCUUUUUCCAAAUAUUGCCACAAUAUCCCCAAAUCAAGCAAGGCAACAAACACAGACUGGCAUAUUGUUCUGUACCACAACCAUUAAUCCCCAUGAUCUUCCCCAGGCUUUGUUAUUCAGUGGCCAGAACCAAGCUUCUUUAGGAAGUGACCAUCUCCCAGAGAAUAUAUUUCAGGAGCAACAACCCAUGCAAGUUGUUCCCAGCUCUGAAAAUGUUGCUGUGGUCAACCCUUCAAACCAACCCACCGCCUCAGCAGCCCAGCCAACUCCGAAUCCAUCAAUUAUUUUUCCACAACCCAGUGUUGUGAGUGUUGCCCAACAAGACUCCGCAGAGCCCAUGUCUUUUCAAGACCAGAGCACUGUUGUGAGUGACUCGUCUGCCAGUAUGUCUUCAACACGGACAGAACUUUUUCAGGACCAGCAACCUAUGCAGGUUGUCCCCAGUGCCACCACCGUAAACCCUGUCUCUCCUACAGACCAACCUUCUGUCAACAUCUUCUUGCCUCAGUCAGCAAUUUCAGCCCUGCAAGGUGGUGUAAGUGCUCAGGAGUUACCUCCAACUGCCACAACAGCCACCAUCUUUAGUGGACCGAGUGGUGUGGCAGUGGGUGGUCUCCAGAACACCACAACUCCCGCCCCUCAGCAACCUCCCAGCCAACUCUUUCAGACAGCUAUUGGGGGAACUCUUAGCCAACCUGUACAGCCAGGACAAGCAGGUCUUUAUCUCUUUGAGAUUCCCAGUGAAUGUGGACCGCUAAUGAAUUCUCCUGGUUCGUCGUUGUCAGAUCAGCUUGUCACCAUGGGCCAUCCUGGUUCGGAUCAGGCCCAGUUUCAGACUAGUGCGCAGAUUCAUCCCUUACUGGACCAGUCCAGCAACCUCGAUGAUAAGAUAGACGAACUUCUGGAACGUUUUCAGGAGCAGGGAAAGACUCUCCCUAGGGAUUUUUUGGACCAUUAAAGAUAAGUAGUCUGAAACCUCAAUCCAGUAGACCACCGUCCAUACUGCUUGUUGAUGUUUCUUUACAUCUUCCAUCUUGUGUAGGUAUUAUCUAAACUUGGGGGUUGUCUCAAUUGGAGGUCUUCACUUGUAUCUAUGUUUCUGAAAGCUUUGUAAUGUGUUGUUUUGGUGGGACAUUUUACGUAUGGAUCUUGUCACAGCUCCUUUUCUUGAUGGACAUAAAAGGGUCCAUUUCAUUGAGGCCACUGUUUGGCAUGUCAACAUAUCAUGUGACCCAUUAAGCCAUUAAGUAUAUUGGCACUUUGCUACUUUGUAUUGUGUUCUUGACUUCCACUUGAAUCUUGUCCAUUUAUUACCAUCAUUAAUCUGUUUUUUCAGUAGAAACCAACCUAGUACAACAUAAAUUCAAAACCUUUUUGUUGCUGUUGAGAUACUAAUACAUUGUGAAUGAAUUUGAAAUAUAUUUAGCACUUUAGGGAGUUUCUGCCAUAGAUUCUCCCUUUUAGCUUUGUAACCCAUAUGUGUCUAGUUGGCUGUCAAAGCGUUUCAUGUUUUGAUGGUCAUAACGCUCUUCUAAAAAUGUGUUUGUGUUUCAUUACUCUUUAGUGUCUCCUUUCAGAAUAUAGCCUAUUUUAUGAGCCAUGUUUAAUGUUUUUUUUAUUUGUUUGAAUGUUUGACAUGUCCAUCUAAUCUCUCCAUUUCCACAUACCAUUUAAAAUCAAGAUGCUCUAUGUAAAUCACUCCUCCACUUCUCUUGUUUUAGUUUUGUUUUAUUUAAUUUUAUUUAAAU